AUGGGAUUGCUCAAUCGAAUUUGUGUCUUCACAAUUCGAAAUGACGAGGACUUUGCAUUUUUCAAUGUCAAAGUGGAAAAGUUCAUCAAAUUUGCGAUUGUAUUCGCAUGUGCUACCAUCGCUGGUGUAUUGGGAUGUAUAGUUUUCCCAUUUGUUGGAAAUGAAAAGUCACUUAUUUUGGACAUUGCGUUUCCAUUGGAUUGGAGAAACAGUGAAAUUGGAUUUUGGAUGGCCUACAUCUUCUUUGUUACCGGUUUGGUUCUCACAUUACCAGCAAUGGCAUUUUCCGUUCUAAUUUGGUAUUUAUUACUGCAUUGUUCCUUAAGAUAUAAUGUUCUAGGAUCAGAAAUCAGCAAUAUGGGACGGGCCACAGGUAAUGUAAAAUUGUUGGAAAAGGAACGACAGGCUAUUUUUAAGCGGAACAUAGUCGCGUUGAUUGACGCUCACCUUCAUUUAAGGCGAUCAAUCGACGAACUGGAAUCAUUUUUAUCAACCCUUUUUCUACUACAACUCACUACCAGUGGCCUCUGUAUUUGCGGUUCAACUUAUUGUUUGGCAUUCGAUGUUAGUGACAACACUGUGGAACGCAUAGUUCAUGUCUAUACGUUCUUUAACGGCAUUGCUGAGUUGUUUAUGAUAACGUACUUGGGGAAUGAGAUUUUGUUGUCAAGUAGUCACCUUACUUACAGUCUGUUUGAAUCGGAAUGGGUCGGACAACCGCAUUCGACCAUGAAAUGCAUAAUCAUUUUUGGUGAAUAUCUGAAGCUACCGCAUGAGAUGCUGAUCGGUAAAUUGUAUCCGUUAACUUUGGAAACGUUUACUAGGAUUUUGAAUUCGUCGUACAGCCUGUUCAACAUUUUGAAAAACACUAAACAGUAAAAAUGGAGGCAGCAGAGGCUGUGUUUGAGCAUUUCCUAACACGAAACAGCUCACGAUGGUCAGCAAUAACUAAUCCACGGAAAUAGUAGAAGAUUGCACAUUGGCAUAAACCUUACCC